AGAAGGCCAUGCACCAAUAGGAGGUCCUGCCGGUACGGGCCUUCGUUGCCGACAUCCCGCAGUCCCGCCAAUCCCACAAUCCCACAGCCCGAUCCCACCCAGGGCUUAUGCUUACGUGCCGGAUCUGGCCAGCCGGACAGAAAUCCUUAGUCUUGCCUGUGUUGCCUGUGUUGCCUGUCUUUUAUUAGCCUGGCGUGUUGAGGAUACCCUGUCUCCCUCCCGUCAUCAUCCGUUAUUAUCGUCCUGCCGAGUCUUGCCAACUCAGGAUCCCACGGCAUCUGCCGCUAUGCCGAUGUUUACUCAAGGAAGAACCCGGUUGGACUUGAGUCCACCACCGCCCGCUUGCACCAACCGCGCCCCCGACGACGACGUGAUACCAAACCAGGUCCACUUCGUCUACAUCCUUAAGAACACCAGCCACGACUUCAACUUCGAGUUCAGUCAUUUUCUCUCCAUCUAUGCGGCGUGGCACUACUGGCGUCCGCAAGCCAUCUACCUCCAUACGAAUGUCGCAGCCGACAGCCGCUCGGUCGCCCGCGCCCGCAACGGAACGGCCGGCAAGUGGAACCACUACAUCUUCACGUUCUUCAACCUGACGGUGCACGAGGUCGACGUGCCGACGCACGCCGGCAACGGGGUGGAACUGCAAAACAUCGAACACAAGUCCGACUUUGUGCGCGUCAAGGCCCUGUACGAGCUCGGCGGCGUCUACAUCGACUUCGACGUCCACCCGCUCCGCAAUAUCCGGCCGCUCCGCGAGAGCGGCUUCCGAGCCAUCGCCGGCCGGCAGCUGGGCGGCCAGAUCAACAGCGGCACCUUCAUGACGGCCCGCGGCGGGAAGCUGGCCAGGCUGUGGAUGGAGCAGAUGCACGUCGCCUACACGGGCGGCUGGACGACCCACUCCAACGAGGUCAUCACCCGGGUCGGCCAGCGGCUGGUGCGGGAGCCGGGCGAGAUGCUGAUCAUGGAGCAAGACGCCUUCGCGCCGGGGAGCUGGAAGGACGAGGAUACCGACGCGCUGUUUGCCGUCCACGGCGACGCCCCCUCCAACUUACCUCCCAACGAUACUAGUGCUACUACCGACGUAAAACUUGACCUUCCGUCCCACGACGAGGCGUUUGCCGACCGCUGGGACCACCCGGAGCGGUUCCCCGAGUGGGAGCGGGACUGGUCGCACACCUAUCUGCUGCAUGCCUUCACGCCGGACCGCUGGCACCACAAGGUGCCGGGCUUUGACCACAUCACGCCGCGAUACGUGCUCGAGAGACGGAGCAACUUUGCCCGUGCGGUCUACCCGGUGGCCAAGGUUUUGUUGGACCAGGGGUUGAUCGGCGUGGAGGACUCGCAUACUGGGUUGUAG